UGCAUGCAUGUGUGCUAGAGAUCGGCCAGACAGUGUGAAGAGAUUUAAAGAGAGGCUGCAGAGAAGGAGAGCAGCAGCUUGUUCACCUCAGAGGAAAUUUGCUUUCUGAUAGCUGACAGAAUAUAAAGACAUAAUGAGGUUGAUGAAGAUGCCCUGUGUGCCUCUGCUUCGGCAUGCUCAGUUGAGCCCAGGGCUCCACAUCAAGUGUUAGCCAUGCUGCGGCAGUCCGAGCCCACCUCCAGCACCCUGCAGCUGGUAGCCAAUGACAUGACGGGCAUCAUGGAGAAGCUGGACACCCGUGAGCUUGACCUUGGUGAUGGCGAAUAUGACACAACAGACAUCAACAUCCCUGCUGAGCAGCUGCCCUUCACUUGUAUUUACCACACGGUGGGUUUCAGAGAAGCUGAGGCCAAAGUCUUUCUGUCUUCUCCGAUCACCGCCAAAGUUCUGGAAGUGGAGCGCUUUACCUCGGCUCAGGACCGAUUCAACGUCACCGCACAGAGAAGCGUCAACAAGUCUAUGCCAGCUGUGUAUAAGAUAGAGUUAAAACAUGGGGAUUUUACAUGGCUGGUGAAGAGGAAGGAGAAACACUUCAUCGAGCUCCACAAAGAGCUGAGGACCUACAAGACCUUCAUGAGGCUGCCGCUGCCAACACGCAGUCACACGAUUAAGAGGAAGUCAGCAACAAUGCAUGAGGUGAGGCAGAUGCCAAACCUCCCAAGAGGAGGUGGGGAGGAUCUGGGUAGAGAGGAGCAAGUUUCCAGCCGCAGGAAACAACUGGAGGAUUACCUGAAUAAUCUGCUAAAAAUGCAGAUGUACAGGAACUACCAUGCAACAAUGGAGUUCAUAGAUGUUAGUCAGCUGUCUUUCAUCCAUGACCUGGGACCAAAAGGACUAGAAGGAAUGGUACUGAAGCGUUCUGGUGGUCAUCGGAUUCCUGGAAUCAACUGCUGUGGUCACAGCAAAAUGUGUUACCGCUGGUCCAAACGCUGGCUGGUGGUGAAGGACUCGUUCCUGCUGUACAUGAAGACAGACUCUGGUGCCAUUUCCUUUGUGAUGCUGUUCGACAAAGAAUUCGGUAUAAAGAUGGACUCAAAAGACACAGAAACCAAACAUGGCCUCCGUGUUGACAGUCUCUCCAGGUCAUUGGUGCUGAAGUGCAGCAGCUACAGACAUGCUCGCUGGUGGGGCCAGGCUAUUGAAGACUUCGCCCGGAAGCACGGCUCGGCCUUUCUCAAAAACCACCGCUUCGGAUCUUUCGCCAGAGAAGAAGAGAACAUCCCUGCCAAAUGGUACGUGAACGGCAAAACAUACAUGGAAGAUGUAGCUGACGCCCUUGAAGAGGCCAAAGAGGAAAUCUUCAUAACAGACUGGUGGUUGAGUCCAGAAAUCUUCCUGAAGAGGCCAGUUGUUGAAGGAAACAGAUGGCGCCUUGACUGCAUCCUGAAACGAAAAGCGCAACAAGGCGUGCGGAUCUUUGUGAUGCUGUACAAAGAGGUGGAGUUAGCUCUGGGUAUCAACUCAGGAUACAGCAAGCGAACACUGCUGCAGCUUCACCCCAACAUCAAGGUGAUGCGCCACCCGGACCACGUCUCCUCCGCUGUCUAUUUGUGGGCCCAUCACGAGAAAAUCGUUGUCAUCGACCAGUCGGUGGCCUUCGUGGGUGGGAUUGACUUGGCAUACGGGCGCUGGGAUGAUAAGGAGCACCGGCUGACGGAUGUCGGGAGCGUGACUCUUUCUCACUUGGAGCAGGCUAGAGCUACACCCUCCAGUGCGGCUGCUCCAGCCAGCAGCAGCGGCGGUGUUUCCCAGAGCAAUGGGAAGGGGAAGGGUGUUUUCACUGUGGCGGACUCUGUGGAUCAGCCCAAGCUGAAGGGUCAGGGGAGGAGGAGGACCAUGUUCAGCAUCAGGAAGAAACUGCAGAAACAUGGGAUCGGCCAUUUUGACAGCGACAGUGAUGCAGAGGAGGAAGAGAGAAGCAGUUCUGUGCGAAGUCUAAAAACAGGUGUUGGAGAGCUGUUUGGAAAUGCCCGAUUCUGGCACGGGAAAGACUACUGCAACUUUGUGCACAAGGACUGGAUUCAACUAGACAAACCUUUUGAUGAUUUCAUAGACAGGCACACAACUCCCAGAAUGCCUUGGCACGACAUUGCCUCAGUAGUUCAUGGGAAUGCAGCUCGGGAUGUGGCCAGACACUUCAUCCAGCGGUGGAAUUUCACCAAGCUUGUGAAGCCAAAGUACCGAUCUCUGUCAUAUCCAUAUCUGCUGCCAAAGUCUCACACCACCGCCGGAGAGCGGCAUUACCAAGUCCCCAACUGCAUCACCGCAAAAGUACAGAUCCUCCGUUCUGCCUCUGACUGGUCGGCUGGUAUCAAAUACCACGAGGAGUCCAUCCACAACGCUUACGUCCGCACCAUCGAAAACAGCCAGCACUUCAUCUACAUAGAGAAUCAGUUCUUCAUCAGCUGUGCAGACAACAAGCAUGUUUUCAAUAAGAUAGGAGAUGCUAUUGCAGAGCGCAUCAUCAGAGCUUACAGGGAAGGUAAAAAGUACCGCGUUUAUGUGGUGACCCCUCUGCUGCCAGGCUUCGAAGGAGACAUCAACACUGGAGGAGGCAGCGCCAUCCAGGCUGUCAUGCACUUCAACUACAGGACCAUGAACAGAGGAGAUUACUCCAUUAUUUCCCAGCUCAAGAGAGAGAUGGGAGACCAGUGGAUGAACUACAUCUCCAUCGCUGGUCUGAGGACUCAUGCUGAUCUGGAGGGGAAGCUGGUCUCCGAGCUCAUCUACGUGCACAGCAAGAUGCUCAUCGUCGACGACAGAAGCGUCAUUAUCGGCUCUGCCAACAUCAACGACCGCAGCAUGCUGGGAAAGAGGGACAGCGAGGUGGCGGUGCUCGUGGAGGACUCGGAAAUGGUGAACUCCACGAUGGACGGGCAGCUGUACCAGGCUGGAAAGUUCGCUCUGCAGCUGCGUCUUGAGUGCUUCAAGAUGAUUCUCGGUGCUAACACCGAUCCCUCCAUUGAUGUUCUGGAUCCCAUCAGUGAUCGGUUCUACAAGGAGAUCUGGAUGGCCACCAGUGCCCGAAACGCCACCAUCUAUCAGAAGGUUUUCCGCUGUCUCCCAUCUAGUGAUGUCCGUAACAUCAUGGAGCUGGAUGGCUACCUAGCCCAACAGGGCCUGGACAAAGAAGACCCAGAUCGGGCUCGCGAGGAGCUUAAGAAGAUCCGCGGCUUCGUGGUUCAGUUUCCUCUUCAGUUCCUGUCCGAGCAGAACCUGCUUCCUCCCAUUGGCUCCAAGGAGGCCAUGGUGCCCAUGGAGGUCUGGACCUGAGGAGGUAAAAUCGACUCCAGCAUGGCGUCAGCUGUGAUGCAUCAUCUGUGCAUGUGAGGAACAUUAAACCUGCACGGAAGCACAUAAAGACAACACCUUCUCAGACCUGAGAUGUACAUGCAGGCAGCACAGGUGUGUGUUCAAGGCACGAUGAAGGGUCGACCAGCAGACGCAGUGUUCAGCUCGGUGCCUGAAAACCUGGACCUCACGUUUACAAGAAGGAAAUGGAGGCCUCCUGUCCCUCACCACCAAGCUAUUACUGUUUAAUCUCAGCAUGCUCCUUCGUUCUCUAACAACACUAUGCAACAUCAGGGGCAGGAGGGCCCAGCUUUGAAAAGACACUAAAAUGAUUAAAAACAGUAGAGGAUGAAGACCUGGAUCAAGAUCUUUUUAUCUGUCAUAUCUGUAUUUUUAAUAUUUACGUCAGAUAGGACAUUACAAGUGCCAAAAUUCAUUUACAUUCCUCAUACUGUAUUUUCUAUGUUAGACCUUAAAUGACCUGUUUCUACACUGUGAUCUGUCUCGGAAGUUCCUGGUACAUUUAUUUUACAAGUUUAUUCAUUUUUCAGAAAGACCUGCAGUAAUCUGGUACUGGUGAUGGUUUUUUCCUCCAAAAUAACUUGAUCUGUACAUGAGAAAAUAUUAAUUAAUCAGGCAUAAUCAGAAAACAUUAUUUAACAUAAAAAAAUUAUUUUUGCCUUUAAGACCAGUCUAUUUUUUCUUCAGGAAACUAUUGGGAAGUAAUGAUUCAUAUUAGCCUUUUUUUAACUAAAGGACCAUCAGAUUUAUACAUAAGUUAAUUUCAGUGCUUCGUUUCCAUUUAGUGUCAGAAAGUGGACAUUUUUGUGGACAUUCAACUCCGUGUUUAGUGAAAUUAGUUUGUCCAUUAAAGUGGCAGUUCUUCUCUUUUAAGCUACAGUGAGUGCUUUUGGCCUCUAGGGGGCAGCAGAAGAAAAACACAUUUGAUGUUAUUGCUUCAUAUUGUGGCUAUGGUGGAUGCCUUGGAGGCUGUUUACUAUUUACACAAGCAGAAACAUCCUGGAUUUUUUUUUUUUUUUUUUUUUUUUUGUAGCCACCAAAUUCAUUAGAGAAAAGAUGUGGACAGAAUGAGAUUCUUGUCUUUGAGCUGCUCUGUUAAGUUUCUGAUUUUUUUCUUUUAAAUGUUCAUUCUUCAUCUGUAAGCUGUUCCCAACCAUCAAACCUAAAUUAAAAAAGAUUAAAUUAGCUAAUACAUAGGAACUUUUCCUACUUUUAGUUUUGGCAUCCACUUGUUAUAGCAACAUCCAAUCAAAUCCACUCUUUCAGAAACUUUUUUUUUGGCUUUUAGAAGCCAGUGAACACCACCUGCUCAACUGCAGCUACAAAGCUGCAACAAAAGCAGCUACUAAGGUUAAAGAUUUUCUCAGAAUCCAAAGUUAAUGAAUAUUUGACUGAUUCUGGGCAAAAACAUAAUGUCUCUGUUGGUAAAUUUGCUUUUUGUCUGCUGGGCAUAUAUCCAGUAAACAAGGAACGCUUGAGUUGUCAUUUGUUUCUGCUGCCCCCUAGUGGCAAAAAAGGAAACAUCUCGCUCCAAGUAAAGGGUGUUUUCAUUAUUUUGCUCUUGGAUAUUCAAAUUUAAGAUACAUUUUUAUUAUUUUUCUGAGAUUUCCCAAAUGCAGCAUCAAUAUUUCUCACUGUUGUCCUUGUUGGUCUCUACCUUUUCUGCAUGACGAUGCAAAUUUGACUUAAAAACUGUCGCUGACAUAAUGACAGCAGCUUGUUGCCAUUAAGGAUUACAGGAAAGCAUGAAUCCUGCAAGGUGGAUGGUUUCCUCUUAAAGCCAUUGUUGAUGAUUAACUGUGUGCCUGUCUGAAACUUUACUGUCUAUUUAAGGAAAAUGGGACCUUUAAUGUGCUUUUUUUGGCUUUUUUUUUUUUACUCUUCCUCUCUACCUCUCUGUCUUUCUACCUCCUUCUCUAGUGCUUCUCAGCAGAUCAUGUAUAGUCUUAAUCCUGCAUCUUUACAGCUGUAAAAGCAAAUUAACAAAAUUAAGCGUAAAAACGUGAAUUGUGUGGCACUCAACUUCAGCUGCUGUGUAAGAAAAUGCACUAUUUGCACAGACUGUUGUUUUCUUCUGGUAACUCCUUACAGAUGAUCUGCAGCACCAUGUCCUGUUGCUUUUGUGAAAUGAUGGAUUAAAUAAAUAAGUUGUUAAUGCCUUUA